AGUCAGAUGUUUGGCUGAUCUAUCUCCUGCAAAAAGGAGGCAUGCAACCAGGACAAGACUCUGCCCAGAGCCCCUGAUAGCCAGGACAGAGUUGCGACUACACUGUUAAGACUCUGAGCCCUGGAUUUGUGUCACUCAAGGAAGGUUCGUGCGAUGACCUCCUCAUUGCUCUGGGCCUUUUUAUUCCUGACUCCAGCCAUGGUGGCCACUCUCAGGGCUGGCAGUCAGUGUCCAGCAUGUGGGAAGCCUGCCAUAGACCUGGAGAGCCACCGGCAGGAGCUUCUCGAUCUGGCCAAGAGAAGCAUUCUAGACAAGCUGCACCUCAGCCGGCCCCCAACACUGAGCCGACCUGUAUCCAGAGCUGCUCUGAAGACUGCACUGCAGCGCCUCCAUGGGCCACCACAGGGGGCGCUCCAGGAGGACUACAGGAGACAAGAAUAUGAGAUCAUCAGCUUUGCUGAGACAGGCUUCUCCAACAUCAACCAGACUCGACUUGAUUUCCACUUCUCCUCUGAUGAGACUGCUGGUGGCAUGGAGAUCCAGCAGGCCAGCUUCGUGUUCUUUAUGCAGCUCCCUCCCGAUACCACCUGGAGUAUGAACGUGAAGGUCUUUGCCCUAAGACCCCAUGAUACCAACCUCACCAUAGCUAGCCAGCAUCUGCUGGAGGUGAAUGCCAGUGGCUGGCACCAGCUCAUCCUAGGGCCUGCAGCUCAGGCUGCCUGUAGCCAGGGGCACCUUACCCUGGAGCUGGUACCUAAAGGCCAGGUAGCCCAGAGCUCAGUCAUCAUGGGCGACACUGCCCAUAGGCCUUUUGUGGCAGCCCGAGUAAGAGUAGGGGGUAAGCACCGGGUUCACCGACGAGGCAUUGACUGCCAGGAAGGAUCCAGGAUGUGCUGUAAACAAGAGUUCUUUGUAGACUUCCGUGAGAUUGGCUGGCAAGACUGGAUCAUCCAGCCUGAAGGCUAUGCAAUGAAUUUCUGCACAGGGCAGUGCCCACUACAUGUGGCAGGCAUGCCUGGCAUUGCUGCCUCCUUUCACACUGCAGUACUCAAUCUUCUCAAAGCCAACACAGCUGCUGGUACUGCUGGAGGAGGCUCAUGCUGUGUGCCCACAGUCCAACGGCCCCUGUCUCUGCUCUACUAUGACAGGGACAGCAACAUUGUCAAGACUGACAUACCUGACAUGGUGGUAGACGCCUGUGGGUGCAGUUAGUCUGUGUGUGAUAAAGGCACCCCGAGGUGGAGAAUACGCCACCAAAGAAGUGUCCUUUCUCAAGAGGAGAGAAUGACCCCGUGCUUGCCUCUGUCCAUAAUGUGAACUGUUUCUUCCUGAACGACCUGUGGAAAUUACUACACCUCCAAUUUGAGGAGUUCCACACUAAGGAGUCAUGGCACUGUCUUCGAGACCACCAACCUCUGUUCCAGAGCAUGUUCUAUCCACCACACCCUUCGUGCGCAAGCCCUUUCCACUUCAGGGACAGAUCCACCUCUAAACAUGAACAGUGCCAUCUGGUUCUCAGGCAGAGACACCCUUAACUCACCCUUAAUCAAUCCCAUCAUCUACUGUGUCCCCCUACCCUUUCCACUUGAUGGCCCCUACUCCCGGAUGAGUUGAUUCAACCCUCCCUUGAUCUUUCUGACUCUCCAGAAAGUCUCUUCCUUAGUUUCAUCAAACAUUAAAAUUACUGUUCUCCAACACGACGCUCACUUGCCUCUGUGUCU